GUAGGCCUGGCUUUAAAUGUAAUUGUUCUAUUUCUCAAAAAAAAAUUAUUUAUGUUUUCAAGCAGAAUUACCUGGUGUAAGAGGCCCUAACAAAAUAAAUAUAGCCAGGCCUUAAACCAUUUUCGGUCCAACCAAUGUGCGGUCACACUCGUGAGGCAUUUUGGCGCAUUUUGUGGUAGUGUUCGUGCCGAAAAACCAACGAAAUUCGCGAUGUCGACGCUGGAGCACUGCGAAAAGUAUUUUGGGACGCGGGAUGUGUACCAGCUGAUGGGCCUGGCCAAGGGCGCUGCCGAGAAGGAGGUGAAGAAGGCGUACCACAAGCUGUCCCUGCUGGUCCAUCCCGACCGAGUGCCGGAAGAGCAAAAAGAGGAGGCCACCGAGAAGUUCAAGGUGCUGUCAAAGCUCUACCAGGUGCUGACCGACUCGCAAAAGCGAGCCCUGUACGACGAGCAGGGCGUCAUCGACGACGACGAUGAGGCCGAGUCCAAGCUCUCGUCGUGGCUGGACCUCUGGAGCAAGAUCUUCAAGCCCAUCACCGAGGAGGACAUCAACAAUUACGAGAAGGAGUACGUGGACUCGGAGCUGGAGCGCACGGACGUGAAGAAGGCGUAUUUGGGCGGGAAGGGGUGCAUCAACUACCUGAUGAACCAUGUGCCCUUCAUGAAGGUGGAAGACGAGCCGCGCAUCCACAAAAUAGUUGAAUCGAUGAUUGCCAGCGGCGAGGUGCCCGAGUACAAGAUUUUCACCGAGGAGCCGGCCGCUAAGCGCAAAAAGCGCCAUCAGAAGUACGCGCGCGAAUUCAAGGAGGCCAAGGUCAUCAAGAAGCGCCUCGAGCGUCGGCAGAAGGAGAAGGACGAUCAGGAUCUGGCCGACAACGGGGGCGAUUUGCAGCAAAUGAUCCUGGCGCGCCGCAAUCAACGGGAGUCAAACUUCGGCUCUCUGCUGGACCGCCUGGUGGAAAAGUACGGCAACGAGGACGACUCUGAUACCGUCGACUUCAGCGCCUUCGAGAAGAAGAAAAAGAAGUCCAAGAAGCCCGCCAAGCAGGAGCCAAAACCGAAGCUUAACGGAGUCAAGACUGGCCGGGUGGAAAAGACCCAUAAAUAGGGGCAACUGCCACUCACUAUAGUUCUCUUAAACAUAUAUUAUCUAAAUUAAGUCUUAGUUACUCAUAUGUAUUUAUCCAUGUACGUAUUCUUCAUAACACUGCAAAGUGCAUAGUGUGUCGGGAAUUUCAGGACACAGAUCAUCAGCAGAACAUCCCAUUUUAUAUUGAAAUUUCCCAAUAAGUUUCAAUCUUACAAUUAUUAUAUCUUUACAGUCCCUUGGUUCGUAAGCAAAUCAAAUCAAAUAAAUACUAAUGUUAAUCCUGCGAAA